AUUACUCUAAGCAAAGAAUGAAAAAAAAUAAAAAUAAAAAAGUGUGUAAUUCAUAAGCUUUAGUAGAGAAAAAUCUUGAUUAGAGGAUAGAGGGUUUACACUAACAGAGUAAGAGUGUGCUAAACCCAGAGAGCCACCACCAACACAAAAAACACAGAUUUUUGAGAGCCAAGCUCAUCAUCGGAAAAUGUCAUCGUCGCCGUCGAUGGAAUCCCUAAUCCUUAAACUGCACGAAAUCUCCGCCGUCAAGUUCGGCGACUUCAAGCUCAAGUCCGGUAUCUCCUCCCCAAUCUACAUAGACCUCCGCCUCAUCGUAUCCUACCCUUCUCUCCUCCGCCAAAUCUCCCAAACCCUAAUCGCCUCCAUUCCUUCCUCCACACGUUUCGACCUCGUCUGCGGCGUCCCCUACACCGCCCUCCCAAUCGCCACCUGCGUCUCCGUCUCAAACGACAUCCCUAUGGUCAUGCGCCGCAAGGAGAUCAAAGACUACGGAACCUCCAAAGCCAUUGAAGGCCAUUUUCAAGCUGGCCAGGUCUGCCUUAUCAUUGAGGACCUCGUUACCAGCGGCGCCUCUGUUUUGGAGACGGCGGCGCCGAUCCGCGCCGCCGGGAUGAAGGUGAGCGACGCCGUCGUUUUGAUCGAUCGGGAACAGGGUGGGAGGGAGAAUCUCGAGGAGAAUGGGAUUAGGUUGCACGCUCUCAUUAGGCUGAGCGAGAUGGUGAGGAUUCUGAGGGAAAAUGGGAAGCUUGGGGAGGAGAUGGUGGACUUGGUGACGAGGUUUUUGGAGGCGAAUCGGAAGGUGGCAGUUCCGAAGGUUAGGGUUAGGAGUUUGGGUUUUGAGGAGAGGGCCAAGCUGUCCAAGAAUCCGACUGGGAAGAGGCUGUUCGAGGUGAUGGUGGAGAAGAAGAGCAACCUGUGUUUGGCUGCCGAUGUCGGAACUGCGGCUGAGUUGGUCGACAUUGCCGAAAAGGUUGGGCCUGAGAUUUGCCUGUUGAAAACCCAUGUCGACAUAUUGCCUGAUUUCACCCCAGAUUUUGGUUCUAAACUGCGAUCGAUUGCAGACAGAUAUAAUUUCUUGAUCUUUGAAGAUCGUAAGUUUGCAGACAUUGGUAACACAGUAACAAUGCAGUAUGAAGGCGGUAUCUUUCAUAUAUUGGAUUGGGCUGAUAUAAUUAAUGCUCACGUAAUCUCUGGUCCUGGGAUAGUUGACGGACUGAAAUUGAAGGGUUUGCCUCGUGGUAGGGGCCUGUUGCUGCUUGCUGAAAUGAGCUCAGCUGGUAACCUUGCUAAAGGGGACUACACAGCUGCAGCAGUGAAAAUUGCUGAGGAUCAUUCCGACUUCGUCAUCGGCUUCAUUUCAGUAAAUCCAGCAUCAUGGCCAGGCGCACCAGUAAAUCCAGCUUUUAUCCAGGCAACUCCAGGAGUUCAAAUGGUGAAGGGUGGCGAUGCUCUUGGUCAACAAUAUAACACUCCACGUUCUGUCAUCUAUGAUAGAGGUAGUGAUAUUAUAAUAGUCGGCCGUGGAAUUAUAAAGGCUGCAGACCCUGCAGAGGCAGCUCGAGAAUACCGUGUUCAGGGAUGGGAUGCCUACUUGUCGAAAUGCAGUUAAGUUAACGUGGUUAUUGGGGUCUAUUUCUUUCGGUUUAACUUGUUAAAUGGUAUGACUGAAGAAGAGUCAAAUUUUCAUCCGGAAGGAUUUUUGGUAUUUUAUAUCCAUAAAACGUGAACUUCAGCAUCAAUGGAUCGUGGAAAACUUCAGCUUGAUAUUAUGAGUGCCACUGCUCUGUAUGCAUAGACCUUUUGUGUUUGGAAACCAGGAAACAUGAAUGCAAAAUUCUUGUUACUUGUUGAAAAAGUCUUUUCCUUGGUUGUUGUAAUUAUUUUAUGACCUGGUCUAAAUCGAGAGUAGAAAUAGAAUCCCUGAACAGUACUAAGAAUCGAUGUGUUUUGUCAAAGUAAACUUGUUUAUUAUUAAUGGUAAUAUGGGUGGGGGUUAAGAUAUAAA